GAAGUACAAGAAGAAAUAGUGAGGGGGAUCUUCUGUAAGCUACUUGUCUUAGUUGAUAUAUUGUUGCUUAUAAGAUUGUAAAUUGUGGAGGACACUUUUAGGUUUCUGUCAGUAGUAGUGUGAUUGGAAACAUGGGUUAUGCUUGUGAUUUCUGUGGAGAUCAAAGGCCAGUGGUAUAUUGCCGGUCUGAUGCUGCCUGUUUAUGCAUGUCGUGUGAUAGAAAUGUUCAUUCUGCUAAUGCGCUGUCCAGACGCCAUUCAAGAACAUUGUUAUGUGAAAGAUGCAAUUCGCAACCUGCUUUUGUUAGAUGUGCAGAGGAAAGGGUUUCACUCUGUCAGAACUGCGAUUGGAUAGGGCAUGGUACCUCUACCUCAAACUCGACACAUAGGAGACAAGCGGUCAAUUGUUACUCUGGUUGCCCGUCAUCUGCGGAACUUUCUUCCAUUUGGCCGUUCUUUCAGCAAUUUCCUUCAGCAGGUCAAUCUUCAUGUGAACAAAAACUAGGUCUAAUGAGCAUCAAUGAGAACGUGGAGAGUACUUCCUGGGACCGUACAGAGAACAACGUUAGCCAGGAUAAUACUGGUAUGGCUGUUGUUAAUGAAACCUGUGGUGGGGAUAAGGGAAGUGGUUCAGGUGGGUCUUCUUCAACCCCUGAACUCAAAUUCGCACAACUUAUGGAUCAGCCAUUUGGAUCAAAAGAUGCAUCAUUGUCCAAGUCAUGUUGCCCUCCAACAAGGUAUCCUGGACUUUGUGAGGAUGAUCUCUAUGAUGACUUCAACAUGGAUGAAGUUGAUCUGAAUCUUGAAAAGUAUGAAGAACUCUUUGGGAUGACUCUCAAUCAUUCAGAACAACUUCUCGAGAAUGGUGGAAUUGCUAGCUUAUUUGGGACAAAGGACAUGCCCGCUGCUGAUUCAGACUGUCAGGCAGCAGCAGUUGCCGAGGGCUCAGCUGUUGGAGUGGUCAAUGCAAUCCAGCCAGCAUGCAGCAAUGAUGCAUCUGCUGAUUCCAUGAUGAGCAACAAAACUGAUUCAAUUCUGUAUUUUACCGCUAGGCAUGCCCAUCCAACAUUUUCUGGCCAAACUGGAGAGAGUACAGCAGGAGAUUACCAAGAUUGUGGGGCUUCCACUAUGCUUCCCAUGGGGGAGCCUCCUUGGUGUCCCCCAGGUGCUGAGAACUCCUUGUCAGCAAAUAGAAGUGAUGCUGUCUUGCGUUACAAGGAAAAGAAGAAGACGCGAAUGUUCGAGAAACGAGUGAGAUACGCAUCUCGCAAAGCAAGGGCCGAUGUGAGAAAGCGUGUGAAGGGACGGUUUGUCAAAGCUGGUGAUGCCUAUGAUUAUGAUCCAUUGAGCCCAACCAGAAGCUUUUGAGAGCUGUAUGGUUGUGUACAUAAGGCACCAGGUUUUUUUAAUCCGAAGUUGGAUUAGAAAAUGACAUGAAUAAACUACCAAGGCCUGGUUCCUAGUUACGAUAAAAGAUUGAUGGAUCCUGGCAUCAUUUGCCGGGGACAUGUUUGCCGCGAAGCUGCGUCCCACACCUGCUGUAUUAUGUUCGAGGAAGUUCACCUGCUCAGGUUCUUAUUAUAGUAUACCUUCAACUGUUUUAUGUGCUUCUGUAAACGCUGCUGCAGUCAUGGCGUGUAAUAAGAGGCCACCCUUCCGAUGUGGAGUGGCAAUCAAAAGCAUGCAGCUGUAAUUUUGUUUUUUUUUUGUAUUUCUAUGUAUGUAGGUAUGUAUGUAGUAUGUAUGUAUGUAUGUACGUGGAGUUGAGAGAGUUUUAAUGGCUACCAGUGAACAGUAGUUAGGUCAAAGAAAGAGACAUGGAGUUGUAAUAUUGUUUCACUUGUGGUGGACGUGUA